AUGCAUUCUGCCCUCAGACCAAAACCAUCUGCUAAAAUUCCUCCAUCAUUAAUUCCACCAACGGUAACUCAUAUAAAAAAACCAUCUAUUAGUCAAAAUGGACAUCAUGAAAAAGCAAUAGUGAAUGUCAAACAACAUCAUGAAAAAGCAAUAACUAAUGGUAAACAAUCUCAUUCAAAAGUAACAUUAAAUGAAAAUGGUCAUAAUCAUGAACAUACAAAAUCAAAUAAUUUAAUAUCAGAAAAAUGUACAUGGUCAUUAGGUUUAAUUAAUUCAAAAGGAAAAUAUUUAACAGCUGAAACUUUUGGUUGUAAAAUAAAUGCUACUGGUACAUGUUUAAAAAAGAAACAAACAUGGACAAUUAUUUAUAACAUUCCAAAUGAUUGUGUUUAUCUACAAUCUUCACUUAAUCAUUAUUUAUCAACAGAUAAAUAUGGUCGUUUAAAAUGUGAUGGACAUGAUAUGGUUGAUGAUUGUCGUUUUCAACUUGAAUAUAAUCAAAAUGGUCAAUGGGGAUUUAAAUCCUUAACUUAUGGCAUGUAUUUAGGUGGAGAUGUUGAUCAACUUCAUUGUUUUAGUAAAACACCUGAAUGGUGGUCACCACAUUUAGCUCUUUAUCCACAAAUUAAUCUAAAACAUGCUCUACGUAAACGUUAUGCAAAAUUAAAUGAUGAUGAAAUACAUAUUGAUGAUAUUAUUCCAUGGGGUAGUGAAGCUAUUCUUACAGUUGAAUAUUUUGAUGGACAAUAUUGUAUUCGUUCAUGUAAUGGAUAUUAUUUUCAUAAAGAUGGAAAACUUAUAACAAAAAAAACUCAUGAUACAUUAUUUACAAUUGAACUUUUUAAAGGAUAUUUAACAUUUAAAGAUUGUAAUCAUUGUUAUUUAACAGCUAUUGGUCCAUUAGGUAUAAUGACAACACGAAAUAAAAUCGCUGGUAAAGAUGAACAAUUUUUAUUAGAAGAAAGUAAACAACAAAUAUGUUUAAUUGCACCAAAUGGAAAACAUGUUUCAAUAAAACAAGGUGUUGAUUUAUCAGCAAAUCAAUGUGAAAAAGAUAAUAGUAGUAUAUUUCAACUUGAAUAUGAUGAACAUCUUGAACUUUAUCAUAUUCGUACUUAUAAUAAUAAAUAUUGGAAACUUGAAGGUCAUGGUGUACAAGCAACAGCAGAUAAACGUUCAAUAGAAACUGGAUUUUAUAUACAAUCAACAGGUAAUGGACAUGUUACAUUUCAAGCAUCAAAUGGUAAAUAUAUUAUUCCACAUGCAACUGGACAUAUGCGAGCUAUUGGUGAACAAUUAAAUUCAAUGGAAAGUUAUUUUUUAUUAAAAUUUAUUAAUCGACCAUUUUGUGUAUUUAAAUGUGAUUUUGGUUAUGUUGGUUAUAGAAAUAAACAAUCUCGUAUACUUGAAUGUAAUAAAUCUAUGUUUACAUUAUUUACACUUGAAGAACCAAUUGGCGAAAUAAAUAAUGAUGGAGUUGUUUAUCUUAAAGGAUCAGAUGGAAUGUAUUGGGAAAUAUUAAGUGAUUUAAGUAUAAGUGUUAGUGGACGUGAACCAACAAAAUUUAUUUUAGAAUUAUGUCCUGCAUAUUCAAGAAUUGUUAUAAAAGCAUCAAAUGGAAUGUAUUUACAUGCUGAACAAAAUGGAAUUAUACAAGCGUCAUGUGAACAGAGUCGACAUGCAAUACAAUGGGAAUUUUAG